GUCAUGACGUGUUCUAUGAAACGUGCAGUUUAUGCGUCGUUGUGGUGUUUAUUUUGUGUUUUGUGUUUAUUUAAUUAAUAAACAGGUAUCUAGAGUCUGUGUUGGUGUUUAGUCGAUAAAAAUAUCCUCACAAAUAAAACUAACAAAUCCAAACGAAAAAAUGCCAUACCAAGUAUAUUACGAAAACAAUCUACUAUCCCAGUUGAAUUGUGCAACUGUAUUCACUCUGAAAGAGACGAUAUCUCAAAAAUGUGGUGUUCCUAUAGAAGAUUUGUCUGCUACCGUUCAUGGGAAGCUUGUUACAGACGAUUUCGACUUGAGAAUAUUCGAUAAUGUAAUCAGAGUGUGUCCUCGUCUGAGAGGUGGUAAAGGGGGUUUUGGUUCUAUGCUUCGUGCUAUUGGAGCCCAAAUUGAGAAAACCACAAAUCGUGAAGCCUGUCGUGAUUUAUCAGGUCGUCGUUUACGUGAUAUAAACGAAGAAAAAAGGCUUAGGAAGUGGUUGGAAGGCCAAGAAGAGCGCGAAAGAGAGGCUGCUGAUCGCAAACAGAAGAAAAUCGAGAGAUUAUUGGCCGAGCCCAAGAUUGAUGUCAAUUUGAAUCCAGUGUAUGAAAAAGUUCGUCAAGAGCUGCCUGAGAGGGUGAGUGCAGCUGUGGAUGCAGGUUGGCAAGCUGCAGGUACGAGCAGUGAAGCUGGUAUCAAACGAAAAAUAGACGAUGAUAAGCCUGCAGGGAAGAAAAAGGCUAAGCUAUGGAUAGAUGCUGAGUUGUCGGACUGCUCAUCCUUAAGUGAUGAUGAAGAUGAAGAAGAAUCAAAUCGGCUUCAAGUACAAACUGUAUCAACUGACAGUGGGAAUGAGUCUGAUCGAACAUCGGAAGCUAGCAAUAAAGUGUGAUCAGUGUUUACAAGUCUUAAUUGAAAUAUAUUCCUCUAUAAUCUUCACAAAUGUAUCUAUAUUCAUUGCAUUCAUAAAUUGAUUGUAACAAUCUUAAGAAGCUAUCAAUACAGUAAUGUACUUUGAAAUUUGCAAAAUC